AACAACCUGUUCUGACCAUCAAAGCUCCUCUCUUUUCCCCUUCUCCAAUUCAUCAUCACCAAAAAAGUCACAAAAUGGCAGCUUCAGCAUUGUCUCUAGCUCCUCUAGCUCUUCUCAUUCUCCUCAACCUCCAUUUUCACUCUACUUUCGCCGAUUAUGGUGGCUGGAACGGCGGUCAUGCCACAUUCUAUGGCGGUGGGGAUGCCUCAGGCACAAUGGGAGGAGCAUGUGGUUAUGGGAACUUGUAUAGCCAAGGGUAUGGAACUAACACUGCAGCAUUGAGCACAGCUUUGUUCAACGAUGGCUUGAGCUGUGGCUCUUGCUAUGAAAUGAGGUGUGACAAUGAUCCUAGGUGGUGCCGCCCUGGAAGCAUCAUUGUCACUGCUACCAACUUCUGCCCUCCUAACUUCGCGCAGGCCAAUGACAAUGGUGGUUGGUGCAACCCUCCCCUCCAGCACUUCGAUUUGGCCGAGCCUGCUUUCUUGCAAAUCGCACAAUACCGUGCCGGAAUUGUGCCAGUUGCCUUCAGAAGAGUACCAUGUGUGAAGAAAGGAGGAAUAAGGUUCACCAUCAAUGGACACUCCUACUUCAACCUAGUUCUGAUCACCAAUGUCGCCGGAGCAGGAGACGUUCAUUCGGUUUCGAUCAAGGGGUCCAGAACUGGUUGGCAAUCCAUGUCAAGAAACUGGGGCCAAAACUGGCAGAGUAACUCUUACCUCAACGGCCAAGCCCUCUCCUUCCAAGUCACCACCAGUGAUGGUAGAACUGUGACAAGUUACAAUGUUGCUCCAGGUAACUGGCAGUUUGGCCAGACUUACCAAGGGGGUCAAUUCUAGAUUUGCAGUAAAAAAAAAAUAUUGGUGAAGGAAUUUGUAAAUCAUAUAUAUAUGUCUGUGCUUUUUUGAUUUUUGGUAAGUGUAAAAGCCAGAUUAUAGUAGUGAAAAGGUUUGCCGAGGUGAGCUAAACAGUACCCGCAGAGCCUUUCAGGUUGAGAUUUCUGGGAAUUGGUAGUUUACCUCAUUCGGGUUAUUACUUGUUUCUCCAUUGUAAUCUUGAAGCUAUAGUUAUAAAAGCAAUCAAUAUCUUUCUAUA